AUGGAACCCCUACAACAGUUCGAGCAGCCAGCUCCACCAAGGCCAAGGAGCCACACACACUUCAAGAUGAAGAAGAGGAUCGAUCGAGUCGAAUGGAGUGCUCCUGAUGGCCGUCUCCCUCUCCAGACCACGACCUUGCCUCCCAGUUCUUUGGGGGGCACUGAGGCUAAGUUUGGGGGUGCCAACUCGAGCUCGAUCGAGUUGGGUGUCAAAAACCAGAAAAGUGGUCUUUUGGAGCAUUUGGAGCAUAUGGGACGUGAGGAGCAAGGAAGGACUUGGUGCAUGGACGCAGCUCGACCAUCCGGUCGAGUUCCUCAACUCGACCGGCCAAGCUUCAACUCGAUCGAGCUGAGAAGUCAAAGUCAAACCCGAAAAAUGUUGCUUCCCCCUUGA